GCAGCAUGGCGGAAGACGAGAGCGACCAAGAGUCGGAGCGGCUCGGAGAGGAGCUGGAGGCCAUCGCGGGGCCGCGUAUCCUCGCCGGGGUCUCGCCCGCGCUCAGUAGCCAGUAUUACUGCCGCCGCUUCUGCCAGAUUGUUGAAGACUAUGCUGGAAGAUGGCAGGUUCCUUUGCCUCAGCUUCAGGUGCUUCAGACAGCUCUUUGUUGUUUCACGUCUGCCUGUGUAUCAUUCCCAGCUGAAUGUGAGCACGUACAAUAUGUUUUGAGUAGCCUAGCUUUGAGUUUUUUUGAAUUGCUGCUGUUCUUUGGAAAAGAUGAAUUCUAUGAAGAUCCUUUAAAAGAUAUUCUAGGUUCAAUCCAGGAAUGCCAGAACCUCCUAAGCCGAUACGGAAAUGUCAACCUGGAAUUAGUGACUCGAAUUAUCAGAGAUGGAGGGCCAUGGGAAGAUCCAGUAUUACAGGCAGUUCUUAAAGAAAAGCCUGUAUCUCAGGAGUUAGUUAACAAAUACUUAAGCUCUGAAAAUCCACUAUUCUUUGAACUACGUGCCAGAUACCUUAUUGCCUGCGAACGCAUCCCAGAGGCAAUGGCUUUUAUCAAAUCUUGCAUAAAUCAUCCAGAAAUCAGUAAAGAUUUGUAUUUCCAUCAAGCUUUUUUCACCUGUCUUUAUAUGUCUCCAGUAGAAGAUCAGCUAUUCCAGGAGCACUUAUUGAGGACUGAUUGCAAGAGUGGAAUUGAGAUCAUCUGCAACACUGAAAAAGAAGGGAAGACUACCUUAGCCUUACAGCUGUGUGAAUCGUUCCUGGUCCCACAGCUCCAAAAUGGGGACAUGUAUUGUAUCUGGGACCUGAUAUUUAUGUGGAGUAAACUGCAGCUUAAAUCUAACCCUUCAAAACAAGUAUUUGUUGAUCAGUGCUACCAGCUUUUAAGGAUAGCUACAAAUGUCAGAGUAAUUUUCCCUUUCAUGAAAGUCAUUAAGGAUGAAGUUGGAGAAGAUGGUUUGCAGAUUUGUGUUGAAAUAUGUGGCUGUGCUCUGCAGUUGGACCUUCGUGAUGAUCCAAUUAUGAAAUGUCUCAUAUAUAAAACGAUUGCUCAUUUUUUGCCAAAUGACUUGGAGAUACUCAGAAUUUGUGCGCUUUCUAUCUUUUUUCUUGAGCGCACCUUAGAAUCAUAUUACACUGUUGAACAUCUAUAUAAAUGUGCAGAUGAAGAGUAUAAUGAGCACACUAGUUCUGUUCAGAACCGUGUACGUUUUGAGUUGCUUCCAAUUUUGAAGAAAGGUUUGUUUUUUGAUCCUGAGUUUUGGAAUUUUUUGAUGAUCAAGCAGAAUUGUUUAUCACUGUUGGGGGAUAAAGCAUCUGUUGGCUUAGGUGAAAGUACACUGGAAAAAUCUGUUGCUAAUACAGAGAAGCCGAUGGAACGUCAGGCUUUGAGUGAAGAAGUUGUCUCUUUAACAGAUCUAAGUAAUGGGGAGCUUGACCCCGAAGACCCCUCUGAAGACCAAUCUAAAGGUCACGCCAGAAAGAACCAUGUAGCUCUUGCAGCAUCUAAAAUAGAUCAUAAUGUACCAAGACACCGUUGUGCGUUAUGCAACAGGGAAUUUCUUGGCGGUCACAUUGUGAGGCAUGCACAGGCUCACCAGAAAAAGGGCAGUUUUUCAUGUGUAAUAUGCUGUCGGAAAUUCAGGCAGAGAGGAAUCAUGCUGAAGCACUUAAGGAAUCAUGUCAAGAAAAUACAAAGACAGCAUCUUGCUGCUACCCAUCAUGAUGAUCAGGAAACCCCUGCUUUAAAUGAAGUAAAUUGCUCUGAUGCAUCCGUCUCUUUUGAAAAUGGGAAUUCUAACAGUUCUAAAGAUAAUGAAUCAGAGGCUGCAAUAGUUCCAAGUAUUGAUAUGGAAGUACAAAACCACGACCAGGACUUGGAUGUGGCUGAAAAUCAUGUAAGCCAACAGGAUAAUGUUAUUGAAAAUGGCAGUUGUGACAGCUGUGUAAAUAAUACUCCUGAACCUUUAACUACAGAGAGUUUGCCUGAGGGUGGCGGUAGCCCGAGUCAGGAGUCUCCUAUACUUCAUAAAGUAAAUGGAACUUUGUGCUCUCAAAAGGAUCUGGAUGUUAUGGAUCAAGAAGGUAACUUCAAGUGCCCUGCCAACAGUUGCAUUAGAGUGUUUAAAAAGAUAAGAUUUCUCAAUAAACAUGCAAGAAAAGCUCACCCAACUGAUCUGAAGGUGCAGCAGCAUAUAAUGAAGUGGAAUAAAGGAAAAUGUCGGUUCUGUCAGAGAAAGUUUGCAGAUUCUCAGCAUUUCAUAGACCACCUGAAGCGACACGUAUAUCCAAAUGUUUACUUUUGUUUACAUUUUAACUGUAAUCAGAGAUUUAAGCUGUCCACUGAGCUUGCAGAGCAUACGAAAAGUCACAGUGUUUUUAAGGCUCAGUGCAAUUUUGCAGAGUGCUGCGAGCUUUUUGAAGAGCUUCCUUUGCUGUAUGAACAUGAGGCUCAGCAUUAUUUAAACAAAACAGAGUGUUCUGAAGUAAAUGAAAAAAAUUCGUCAGAUACUCUAUCAGAGUCACUUUGUGGUUUUCAAGAAAAAGAUGCAUCUAGUAGCGAAAAAGAAGCUGUAGAUUUACCAGUUCCAACUUGGAAGGCAAGGAAAGACUCUACAGAACCAAAGACAUAUAUCCAGAGUAUUGAGAAGAAAGCAUACAAUGUAAUUCAGAAUGGGAGUGAAAAUUCAUCUGAUGUUACUGCUACAGUUUUAAGCUUGAUAGACCAAAAGAUGCCUAUAGUACAGCCAAAAACUGAAAACUGUAAUGUUCGUGACCAACUGGUCAAUGGGCACAUUGAACUGGAGCAGACUUGUUCAGCUUCAUCGGAUGCAGCUUUGGACAGAGUGGCAGAUGAAACAAGGACAGAAAAUGGGUCAAUACCAGUUUUACAGAACUGCAAUGAUAUACCACAAAACAAUACUGCUGCAGUCUCUCAGUCACCUUCCAAACCAAAUCAGACAACCGAAAACACUUCAUAUGGCUUAAUUGUGACAAAACCAUAUGUUAGACCGUUGCCUCCAAGUUACCUUGAUGAACGAUACAUUAGCAUGCCAAAACGUAGAAAAACUGUAACUGAUAAAAUAGAUGCCCAUUCUGAGCAAGAUAAAGCUUGUAGCAAAUCAGCAGAAAGAUUUAGAUGUGGGAACUGUCUGACCACCUACUGUAACUCAGAAGCACUUGAGGCUCACCUUGCACAAAAGAAAUGUCAGACACUCUUUGGAUUUGAUUCAGAUGAUGAAAGUGCCUGAUUAAAUGUUGUGGGAGGAUGUAUCAAUUGAGGAGUGGUGUGAGAAAACACUACAUGAAGAAGCAUCAGUUUGCUGUUUCCCAGAUGGCCUUAAUCAUAAAGCAGACUCAAAUGACUAAAGAAAAAUGUGACCUUGAUAAAAGACAAAGCACAUUUUCUAGAUAGAACUCACAGAGGAAUAGUAGGAGCUGUGCAGGUUUUGAGUCCAGAAAGGUUGCUACAAACUCCCCAAAGUACCAGUUACCCAGAAAGCCCCAUGAAUUCCCAGUGUAUGAUCAAAGAACAGCAGCAGAGUGUCUGGCAUGAGCGCUUAAGAAAAAUAAAACACUCAGCUGAGCAGGCAGAGAAGAGAAGUGGCUGUUGCCUUAGAGAAAGAAACACCACUGUAA